AUGAACAGUAAGGCCUCCAUAUCCAAAGAACUCAAUGCCAAGCACACCAAGAUUUUAGAGGGUCUGCUUAGGCUUCCAGAGAACAGAGAAUGUGCAGAUUGUAGGAGCAAGGCACCAAGAUGGGCAAGUGUGAACCUUGGAAUAUUUAUUUGCAUGCAAUGUUCAGGAAUCCAUAGGAGUCUUGGAGUGCAUAUUUCUCAGGUAAGGUCUACAACUUUGGACACAUGGCUACCGGACCAGGUUGCUUUUAUGCAAUCCGUGGGCAAUGGAAAAUCCAACAACUAUUGGGAAGCAGAACUGCCUGCAGAUUUAGACAGAAAUGGAAUCGAAAGUUUUAUCCAUGCCAAGUACAAGGAGAAAAGAUGGGCUUCAAGAAGAGGUGCAAGACCUGCAGCAGCAAGAAGACAUUCUCUGGAGGAAGAGCUUCUCACCACACACACCCAACAACUACUUGUUCCUCACCAAACAAGAACUCGUCGGGGUUCAUUAGAUAUGUCGAACAAGUUCUCAUUGGCACCACCAAAUGCGAAUGCGAAUGCGAAUGGGACACAAUUAAUUGAUACAUCGACGGCCACAAAGAAGGAGAAGAAGAUGAUGAAUGACAACAUUGACAUUAACAUAGAUCUCUUCAGCUUGCCUCCCACUUGUAAUAAUAUUAAUGUCCAUGACUCCAACCAGGAGAAGGAGGAAGACAGUUUUGUUAAUGUUCCUCCCUCCUCUUGGGCUACAUUCGAUUAA